AUGGCGCCACGUUUUUCUUUUUUGGGCAUGGGCGGCAUUGGCAAGGCCAUGACAAGGAAUAUAGUCCUCUCUGGAAAGUUGGAUGAGCCUUUGAUAAUAUACAACCGCACGAAAGCCCGCGCCGAGGAGCACAGCGCAAGCAUUGGGCAUUCUACAGUGGCUGAGACGAUCGAAGAGGCCGUUUCGGGUUCGGACAUUAUUUGGUCAUGUCUCCAAGAUGAUGAAGCCGUAGAACUUAGCUUCAAGCUGAUUCUACAGGCAGAUGUGACGGGGAAGCUUUUUGUUGACAGUUCAUCGAUUACGCCUGAGGUGACGAACAGGAUCGCUGAGCAGGUCUUGAAGGCUGGUGGAGAGUUUGUCGCCAUGCCAGUCAUGGGUGAGCCUAGCAUGGCUGAGAAACGCUUGCUCACGUGCAUCGCGUCUGGCGCUCCAGGGUCAGUUGACCGUAUCAGACCCUACGUUGUUGGAGUAGUAGGACGGGCAAUCAUAGAUCUUAGCGGCGAAGAGCCAGGCAAAGGAUCGCUACUAAAGCUCAUGGGCAACGUCCUCAUCAUGAACACCAUGGAAACAGUAGCUGAAUUGAAUGUCUUCGCUGAGAAAUGCGGUGUUGGAGUCCAUAGCAUGAAGAAGCUUAUGGACCAAAUGUUUCCGAAUACGCCGUACUCAAUCUACAACUAUAGAAUGCUGAGUGGAGGAUACUAUCAAGACACGCCCAUUGUUGAGGUUUCCAAAGCCUUGAAACUCACGGCUCAUGUGCUGGAGCUGGCGAAGUCGUCGGGUGCGUCAAUUAAAGGAUAUGAAGCCGCGAUUGACCACUUGAAGGUGGUAGAAGAUCAGGCUGGGGGAGAAGCAGAUAUUACCGGCAUCUAUGGGGCCGUGAGGCUUGAGAGUGGACUCCCGUUUAAGAAUGAGACUCAAUGA